UCUAGGGUCUCUUUCCUUCAGACCACCAAAAAAAAAAAAAAAAAAGGGUCUCUUUCCUUCUGCUCAGCCUGCCUCAGUUCCCGCCACAACGCCAUCGUCUCCACAGCCUUCUCUUCUCUCCGUCAGGUAGAAAAUGCCUAAGGUGAAGACCAACCGAGUCAAAUACCCAGAAGGUUGGGAACUGAUUGAGCCAACUAUUCGCGAGCUACAAGCGAAGAUGAGAGAAGCCGAGAAUGAUACUCAUGAUGGUAAGAGGAAAUGUGAGACCUUGUGGCCGAUCUUCAAAAUAGCACAUCAAAAGAGCCGCUACAUUUUUGACCUGUACCAUCGGAGAAAUGAGAUAUCCAAGGAGUUGUACGAGUUCUGUCUGGACCAAGGCUAUGCUGACCGCAAUCUAAUUGCAAAAUGGAAAAAGCCUGGUUAUGAACGCCUCUGCUGUUUAAGAUGCAUGCAGCCUCGCGAUCAUAACUUUGCCACAACAUGUGUGUGUCGUGUGCCCAAGCAUCUGAGGGAGGAGAAGGUUAUAGAGUGUGUGCAUUGUGGCUGUAAGGGUUGUGCCAGUGGGGAUUGAUUAGCGGGUUGUUCUUCAAAUGUAAUACUAGGUGGAUCUUGUAAUAUUUAGUUCAUCUUAAUUUUCUUGAAUCUGGGCCCUUUGCAAAUGAUAUUAGUAAUUUAGUAGUAUGUUUCUCUUGUUGUGAACCACGGUUGUGAUAUUCAACUAACUGCAACUUGAAAG